AUGGCAGAGCAAGCAACCGAACAAGAGAUCCUUCUGGCCAAGCGCAUCAUCUCUACGGCAGAGCGUCACGAUGUUCCUGCACUGAAGGUUGCGCUCAAGGAGGGCUCAGCCAACGUCCAGGACCCCACAGCAACGGUUGCAACUUCGCCGCUUCAUGCUGCCAUUGCGUCUUGCGGUCAGGCUGAAGAGGGAAAAGAGGCAGAUGAAAAUGCCAUUCAGACAGUCCAUAUUCUGCUUGAGAACGGCGCUAUCUGGAAUGACUUGAACAGGGAAGACGAGACUCCAGGAUGCAUUGCCCUCCGCCUGGGCCAGCAGAAGAUUUACAACUUGAUGGUAGAAGCCGGUGUCCGUGCUGAACUUCUCUUUGCUAAGAUGCAGGCCCUCGGUCUUGGAACAUCUGCCAUUGAAGUCGAAGAGGAGGUCAGCGAGGAGGUCAGCGAGGAGCAGCCCGCGGCCAAGAAGCAGAAGGUCUCCGAGGAUGAGGCGCAAGCUGUCGCAGAAGCUAUCGAAGAGAAGGUUCUCGAUGAUGUCUCCCUGGACAACAAGGCGUACAUUCGCAGUCAGUUACGUUACAAGCCCGGUAUCCUCCUGGACGAGAGCGACAAUGCCGUCAUGAUGGACUGGGAGACUGAGAUCAUGCAGCGCCACGCUGAGACCCUGAUUCCCAAGAAGGGUCUGCGAACCAUGAACGUUGGUCACGGAAUGGGUAUCGUCGACACAGCCAUCCUGACACACGACCCUUCUGAACAUCACAUCAUCGAAGCCCACCCGCAGGUUCACCAGCGCCUGAGGGAGACCGGGUGGUACGACAAGCCCAACGUUCACAUCCACGAGGGCAGAUGGCAAGACGUUCUUCCCAAGCUCGUCGAGCAGGGUGUUGUCCUAGACGCCAUCUACUACGACACGUUCGCCGAGGACUACGCGGCGUUGAAGGAGUUCUUCGCCGAGUACGUCAUCCAGCUGCUCGCAAAGGACGGAAAGUUCGGGUGGUACAAUGGCCUGGGUGCUGAUCGACAGAUCUGCUACGAUGUCUACACCAAGGUGUCCGAGAUCGAUCUGUAUGAAGCUGGCUUCGACACAACUUGGGAGGACAUCAAGGUGCCCGCUGGACUGCACGGAAGCAAAGAGUGGGAAGGUACAAGGAGGCCGUACUGGACCAUCGACGUUUACCGUCUGCCGGUGAACACCUUCUUGAAGUAA